GACCUUACUUCAUAACUCAACACUCUCAAACUUACAAGAAAAACAAAAUCAAACGAAAAAUUUCAAACAUGCAUUGGUUAAAUAAAAGAUUUAGACAAGAAGCAGGAAUGAAUUCGAAUUCGAAUUCCCUCCAAAAUAACAAUCAAUUUCAACAGCAGCAACCAAGGCUUACUGGAGAUGAAGAGUACUCUGUUAUGGUUGCAACUCUGAAAAAUGUGAUCAAUGGUAAUAUUCCAACGCAAAAUUAUCAAGAAUUCAAUGUCUUUUCGCCAUAUAAUUAUUCUACUGCCACCACAACCACGAAUGUUACUUCUUCUUCUUCGCCUUCUACUAGUAUGUCUACUAGUUUCGAACAAGUAUUGGGUGUCUCUGCUGAACAAGAACCUUGUCAAUUUUGCAGAAUUCAAGGUUGUUUAGGCUGUGACAUUUUUGGUACCACAUUUUCUUCUUCUUCUUCAGCGCCUGCUGCUGUGGCUGCUCCUGUUGCUGAUAAUAAGAAGAAGAGUAGUAGUAGUAGUACAGCUACAGUCGCAAUCGCGAAGAAAAAGAAGAAGAAUUACAGAGGAGUGAGACAGAGGCCAUGGGGGAAAUGGGCAGCAGAAAUUCGUGAUCCUCGAAAAGCUGCACGUGUUUGGCUGGGAACUUUCACUACGGCAGAAGAAGCAGCUAGAGCUUAUGAUAAAGCCGCCAUUGAAUUCAGGGGUCCACGAGCUAAAUUGAAUUUUUCAUUUGCGGAUUAUACCGUUGACACUCAAGAACAACAGAGCACUUUAUCUUCUUCACCACAACAAUUACCAGAAGAGCCUCAGCAAUCCCAGACAGCGAAUAAUAAUUCCGAUUAUGGAAAUGAAAUUUGGGAUCAAUUGAUGGGUGACAAUGAAAUUCAAGAUUGGUUGACCAUGAUGAAUUUCAAUGGCGACUCUUCUGAUUCUGGCGGGAAUGUUCACAGCUUUUAAGUUCCCGUUACUUAAAAGGACAGCCCAGUGCAAUAAACUUUUACCGUAUGCAGAGUCCAAUAAUAUUAAAAGAAAUUAAGCUUCAGUUACUCAAAUUGAAAAAAAAUAAUAAUAAGUUAGUAUAUUAUGGUACUUUGCCCUGUUGUAAGUUUUAAAAUCAAAUUUGGGCUCUAUAGUACCUAAAAAAAGAACAUAAAUUGCGAGUCUAUUCAUUUUCGGGUUGUGCAGUAUGUAGUUCGGCAGAAAUCAUUAUAGUCGAAUGAAAUGUAAAAAUCAUGAGGUAUUAAUGUAAGUAAUAUUUUGUUUUUGUAAA